AACAAAAACAAAAGCCCAAAACAAAAACAAAGCCCAAACAAAAACAAUGGUCUUUCUUCCACUAAUCUUCUUCUUUCCCUCUCAUCCUGGGUUUUCUUCGCAAUUCGCGGAAGAAGAUGAUAAGCGGGUUGGGGUGCAUUCGCCAGUGUUGCCUCCGCCUCUCGUUCCCGGCGGCCAGGCCUCUCCCCAGGCACUCUGCUUUCCCCAUCCGCCGCCGUUGUGGUGUUCGCCGACUCUACGCCACCGCCACCUGCUCAGCCGCGGCUAAGAAGGAGAAGGUGAUCGUGAUUUCCGGCCCUACCGGCGCCGGGAAAACCAGGCUAGCCUUGGAGCUCGCGAAGCGGCUCAAUGGAGAGAUUAUCAGUGCCGAUUCUGUCCAGGUAUAUCAGGGUCUUGAUGUUGGAUCUGCAAAGCCUUCAUUUAGCGAAAGAGAGGAAGUCAGACAUCAUUUGGUUGACAUACUGCAUCCAUCUGAAGAAUACUCUGUUGGGCAAUUCUUUGAGGAUGCAAGGCAAGUUACAAGGGAUAUUCUUGACAAGGGCCGUGUUCCAAUAGUUACUGGCGGUACCGGAUUAUACUUGCGGUGGUAUAUAUAUGGAAAACCAGAUGUUCCAAAAUCUUCUCCAGAGAUUACCUCUGAAGUGUACUCAGAGCUUGCAGAUUUACAGAACAUUGGUGACUGGGACACAGCCGUGCAAGUGGUGGUUAAAGCAGGUGACCCAAAGGCGCAGUCUUUAGCUGUUAAUGAUUGGUAUCGUCUGCGUCGGAGUCUUGAAAUCAUUAAGUCUACUGGAUCACCCCCAUCUGCUUUUCAAGUUCCAUAUGACUCCUUCAGGGGACAAUUUGAUUCACCUGUGACAGACUACUCCCUUGAAGAUAAGUCUUCUGGUUAUGGACUCGAGGAUAACAAAUCCAAAGAUUUGGACUAUGACUUCAUUUGUUUUUUCCUUACAAGUCAAAGACUGGAUCUCUAUAGAUUGAUUGAUUUCCGAUGUGAAGACAUGUUGUCAGGAAGUGACGGCAUUUUGUCUGAAGCUAGAUGGCUUCUUGAUAUUGGUCUUUUACCAAACUCAAAUUCUGCAACUAGGGCGAUUGGCUACAGACAGGCCAUGGAAUAUUUACUCAGAUGUAGAGAAAAGGGGGGCUGGAGUUCCGCUCCAGACUUUUUUGCCUUUCUAUCUGAAUUCCAGAAAGCAUCAAGAAAUUUUGCAAAAAGGCAAUUGACUUGGUUCCGCAAUGAGCGUAUUUAUCAAUGGAUUGAUGCUUCUAAGCCCUUGGAGAAGGUGCUAAACUUCAUAUGUGAAGCGUAUUAUGACCAAACUGGGAAUUUGACCGUGCCUAGAUCACUUAGUAUGGAGAGAGAAAUAUCAGACCGCUAUCAACUAUCAGAACUAAAGGCUUACGGCCCGAAAAAUAGCCGGGAUGAUUGUUCUGGCGUUUUGGACUGGAUAAGGAGAACUCAAGGGCAAACUGCUGAUCUUGUUUGUUGAUAGAAGUCUAGCUGGCUUGGUUUCAAGACAGUGGAAUCCCUAUUCUUGAACUUUUAGACCCUUGCGCAAGUAUUUCUGCAGCAAAACUGACUCAAUUCACUUACCAUUCCUUGCCUUUCAUAUUUGGAGCCCCAAUGGUAACUUUUCCAAGGCAAGCAAAUGAUUGUGAGCCCAAAACCCAUCAAAUCCAUCCUGGAGAAUGGAUGUUCUAUAAUGUGUGACACAAUUUGUUAGGCCAUGGAAGUGUUUAGUUUCAUGAUACAUAAACUGGUAAUUACAGUGUCUAAUUUAUUUCCCCUUUUUGCUGUCCAAAUAUUCUCGCUUUCUUUUCUUUUUUUUCUUGGUUCGAAAUCCGAAUGACCUUGCGGUGUAAAAUAUAUUUCCAUAACGUGACCCGAUUAGUGGGAUUAGUAGCAUAAUGGGAUAGUGGAAGACGACAGUUAUCUUGAUGGGAGAAA